CAGUUUGGAAAGACAACUUUAUAAAAACAAAUACUUACUACAAUGUUGAUAAAAAAUUUAUGCCGCAUUUGUAUCACUGAAAACAUAAAUGUUGAAAAAAUGAUACCACUGUUUGAUAAUACUAUAACUAAUUAUGGAGAUGUCACAAACCAUAUUAAAGAAUGCAGCGGAGUUCUGAUUACUCCCCAAAAUGGAUAUCCUAACAAAAUAUGUUUACAAUGCUUUAAUUUAUUAAAAUUAUCACUUAAGUUCCGACGAUUGUGUGUAGCAAGUGAAAAUACGCUGCGAAAACGCUUAGUAAAUGGAGUUUUAAUCAGUCCUAUAAGCCCAGACCUAUUUACAUCACAGGAUACAAACCAAGUGGAGCAUAAAAAUAAACUAGAUACAGAUUUUGAUUACGAGUUCAAUUUUAACAUGAAUGCUGACAAAUAUGAAGAUCAAAAUAACCCCAAAAGAACUUCAUCUAACGCCCUUCACGUGAGCACAUCAGGAUUAAACAGUAAAAUCAAGAAAAAGGGGGGAACGAAUAAGGACUUUACUUAUAUAUGCGAAGUAUGUGGAAAUAAAUAUAAAAAAGCUGGUCUUCUUAACCUCCAUAUGAGAAUUCACACUCGUGAAAAGGCAUAUGAAUGCGAAAUUUGCAAAAAGAAAUUUGACUUCUCUUCCAGCAAAAGUCGACACAUGAGAACACAUACUAAGGAAAAACCGUAUUCAUGUAAACACUGUAACAGAAGAUUUGCAGAUCACAGCACAUUCAUUAAACAUGAAAGGACCCAUACAAACACGCGGCCAUUUACAUGUAAAACCUGUGGAAAAGCAUUUUCAUAUUCUAACGUGCUAAAGAGUCACAUGCUAAUUCAUACUGGAGAAAAAUCAUUUCAGUGUAAAGUUUGCAAUAAAUGCUUUUCACGAAAGCAUGAACUUACUCAACAUUUCAAUACGAUAAUACACAAGGAAGCAGAAGAAAAUAUUAAUAAACCAAAUCCGCUACUAUAGUAAAAAAACGAAUACAGGCGAUGUAGAUUAUAUAUAUGAACAUAAAUAAAAUAAACUAUAAACGUUUAUAAAACUUUA